AUGUGUUUGAUUGAGGUUGAAUAUCCACAUCGGAAAAUUAAAAGUGGAUCACCAUUAAACCUUUGGGGUGUAUCUACACCAGGAUGGACGAAACGAAGGGCAUCUGCCAUUUCAACUAUUGCUGGAUGUCCCGAAGAGCUAAAACAAAUGAUUAAAUGUUUAAAAGAAGUCCCUGCUAAAUUUUUGGUGAAUGUAUAUAACAUUUUAUUUUGGAGAAAUUACCCGAUUAUAAGUGUAAUGCCUGUUGCUGAAAAAUGUAAUUGUUCAAAAGAAUCAUUAUUGUGUGAUUAUCCUUUACUUUGCUUUAAACAAAUAACAAAAGUUCUUGUAUUAAUGGGAAUGAAUUCUAGAGAUGUUGGAAUUUUUGCUUCUCGAAUGAACAACGCGACUCAUCUUGUGUACACAGAGUUUUUAGAAGAUUUCAAUCAUUACACGUCAUCGUUUUUACAGUAUAGAUAUACUGUAAAAUUUUCAGAUAUUCCAUUUAUUGGUGACGAGAUAAAUACACGAUAUUUUUCUAAUGGGAAAUUGGAAGAUCCUUUGAGUGCUAUAAAAAUGAUUACCGGUGGUCUAUUUUUACACGGUAUUUUUCAAAUGGCCACCAAGCUAUCACAAUCAGUUUACUAUUACAUUUAUUAUUAUUCGAAUGCAUUUUUAUUCAAUUCUUUAUAUAGGCCAUAUCCAUUUCCAACAAAAUUAGGUGUAACGUACGCUGACGAAGUAACAAGCUUCUUUUCUACAUCCGAUCGGUCAGACUUACCGGGAAAUGAUUUCAACGUAUCAAAUUGUAUGGUGAAAAUAUGGACCAAUUUUGCUACAAAAGAGUACGUUACCUAUACUGUUUAUUGA